AGCCAAUGACUCUCGGCUCCCCGACGUCUCCCAAACAAGGAGCUGGUGCUCAGUUCCUUCCCGGGUUUUUGAUGGGUGACUUACCUGCACCGGUGACUCCACAGCCACGUGCUUUGUGCGGCCCUUCAGUCGGAGUAAUGGAAACGAGGUCUCCGCUACUUGCAGGAGGAUCUCCCCCACAACCAGUGGUCCCCACACAUAAAGAUAAAGGUGGUGCUCCACCUGUCAGGAGCAUUUAUGAUGAGUUGUCUAGUCCUGGGCUUGGAUCAACACCUCUAACCUCAGGAAGACCAGCCAACUUCUCCUUAACACAGAGCCCAUCAGUUGGAAUUCUGCCAUCAACUCCAGGCACAGCUUCAAGCGUGUUCAGUCCUGCAAGUAUUGGGCAGCCUAGGAAAACUACUCUGUCUCCUGCUCAGCUAGAUCCUUUUUAUACUCAAGGUGAUUCCCUUACUUCAGAAGAUCAGCUUGAUGACACAUGGGUAACUGUAUUUGGAUUUCCUCAAGCAUCAGCUUCCUACAUUCUUCUACAGUUUGCUCAAUAUGGAAACAUAUUAAAGCACGUGAUGUCCAACACAGGAAACUGGAUGCACAUUCGAUAUCAGUCUAAGCUUCAAGCCCGGAAAGCCUUGAGCAAAGAUGGAAGAAUUUUUGGUGAAUCCAUCAUGAUUGGUGUCAAGCCCUGUAUAGAUAAAAGUGUGAUGGAAAACUCUGAAAGAAGCUCUACAUCCUCAAUGUCUUCGGUUUUCACUCCACCUACAAAAUCUACUGGCACACCAAUACAACUUGCAAAUAAUACUACAAGGAUUUCUACAAUGAGACCUCUUGCAACAGCAUAUAAAGCUUCCACUAGUGACUAUCAGGUGGUUUCUGACAGACAGACUCCUAGGAAAGAUGAAAGUAUUGUAUCCAAAGCAAUGGAAUAUGUGUUUGGCUGGUAAUAUCCCGGAGGCAGGAACACACUCAGCUGGUCAGGGCUGGAGCUGGAUCCGUGGUUAGUUGUAUAACUACAGGUGGUGUUUUAUCUCCCACAGCGCCUGUUAUGCCUUCAGUUAAUUCAGCAGACAUGUAGCUUGCACUUUAAAUGAUGGCAAUGUACACCUGGGUUUGCAAACUGAGUUAAGUGUAAAUAAAAGUGCUUUAUUCCCAUUUGUGCUCCAAUUGCAUGAUUGUAGAAAAUAUGUCAGCGCUGACUUCUCUAUAAUUACUUUCUGUGAGUUAUUUCCCAGUAAGUUGGAAGUGCUUAAAAUGGCAGCUACCUUUACUGAUGCCUUUAAUUUUUUAUUUUUUUCCCCUCUGGAGGGACUAUGGGCUACUUGCAGGAAGAAAACUAUGCACAGCUGGCUCCCAGGGACAGGGGCUGUUCUUAGUAUGUGUCAUUUUAUUUUUUUAAAAUUAAGAUUCAUUGCUGUUUUAUAAUUAUCUCUGGCAUACUGUUCUAAAUGUCAUAGCAGCCUUUGAACUCUUUUUUUUUUUUUUAUUAAUAAAGAUCAAGUGAAGUUU